CCAUGGCCUUCGCCUGAGGCUGAGAGAGUGUGACUUCUUGCCCAGGGUCGUGGCUGAGUGGGGAAUCCAAGAACCCUGGCCUCCAGAGUUGUAGUCCAACCACUACGUCAUGCUGGUUCUGAAAACCAACAGCUUGGUGCCCUCAGAAUAAUUACUUUUGCCAGGUUGGGAAGAGGGCAUUGCCCCCCCCCCCCGGGAAGGGCUCCUCCUGAACCCCAUUGGGAGAGAGACCUUGAAAAUGGUUGGUACCUAGGACUCCUCUCCUAUUUGCAUUGCAAACUUUACCCUUGGAUGCCUAAACUGUAUUUCUAAACAUUCAGCCUUUCUGCAAUGUGAGAAAUAUUGAGGAUGGAUGGGAAAUGUCAUUGAGGAGCAGAAUUCUUAUUUGGAGGGCACUGCCCUCAUUUUGGGGUCUCUGCUUUGCCUUCCUGACCCCCCCCCCCCUGUUUUGUCUUCUUUCCUGCUAGGGAAUGAGGUGCAUCCCCACUUGUGGAUGUGGGUCAAUCCCAACGAAGUCUGCCCCAUCCCUGGCUGGGUCUCUCCUGUGGACCCACCUGGUGGCCUUUCAGCCCCUUCCUCCGGCCUGGCAGCUGCCCAGGAAGAGCUACCACACUUAUCUGCUGCUGGCCAAGUAGAGAAGGUUAUCCAGGGAGAGGGCCCCUCUGGAGCAGACUCUGGGGUUCCUGAGAGGGCAAGUGGCCCCCAGGAGCCCAGCCCUAAACCCCCGAAGCCAAAGGCCCUUUGGUCCCGCAGCCGGCGGCUGAAGCGGGUGCAAGGGGGCUGGCCCCGUCCCCCUCUGAACUACUGCAUCCUCAUCAGCCUGGCCCUCAGCAGCAGCGUGGAUAGCAGCCUGACUGUCCAGGAGAUCUACCAGUUCACCAGGCAGCACUUCCCCUUCUUCCGGACGGCUCCCGAGGGCUGGAAGAACACAGUCAGGCACAACCUCUGCUUCAGCAACAGCUUUCAGAAGACCACAGACUUCGUCUGCCUCGAAGGGAACCGCAAGUCCCGCCUCUGGAAGCUGACCACCGAAGGGCGCCGCAAGUUCCAGGAGGAGACGCAGGCGCUGCCCAAGGACACCAUGGGCCUGGUGCACCAGAGCAUGGACAAGCCGGAACUCAUGAAGUCUCUCUUUGGGCUCUGAUCCUGGCGGAUGCUGACUCCAGAUGAACCCCUCUUCCAAGAUCCGGAUGCCUUUCCCGGCGUCAAUGGGAGUCCGACUCCUCAGGGCUGGCAAAAGAGAUGCAUGGCUUAGCCUUCCUUCUUUGGAGAUGUCCAAUAGUUGAGGGAAAGCCCCACAAAUCUGAAGCCGCUGGAGGCGUGUGGCGGUUUGCCCGUCUCCACAAUCCGUUGGCUAUGGCUGGUUUGUUUUGUUUAUUUUGGACUUUUUAAAGGCUACGGAUGGGAAUCCUGCAGACUAGAUGACACGACUGGAGCUACUACAACUCCCAGCAUCGCUCACCUUUGGCUGUGCUGGAUAGUUCAGCUUCUGGGAGCUGCAAUCCCAGAAAGAGCCCCUUGGGGCUGUUUGUGGGGCCUGCAGGACAGGACUCCAGAAUCCUCUGCAUUUUGGGGGCGUUACGUCUCAGACCACCCCUCACGAACACAAAGCCAGAAAGCAGGGCUGCAUUAAGGUUGGGGUUAUCUUUUUUGUAGAGGUUUAAAAGUGUUUUGAAGAGAAAGAGAGAGAAAAGGGGCAAGGACCAAUGUGUGUCUCCUGGAGCUCUCUCUCAUUCCUCUGCCUUUUGUUGUUUUGCUUCUUUUCCUGAAAUGUGGAGGAAAAGUGUCCUGCAAAAUAAACA